AAGAUACGUGGCUCAACGCGCGCUGGGGGAGGGGAAGCUCCGGGUCAAGGAGCAAACCCGGCACAAGAUGGCGGCGGUAGCGGCAGUGGCGGCGCGUAGGAGGCGGUCUUGGACGGGUUUGGUACUGGCUUGUUUAGGGGUCUGCCUGGGACUUACCCUUGCUGUGGAUAGAAGCAACUUUAAGACCUGUGAAGAGAGUUCCUUCUGCAAGAGGCAGCGAAGCAUACGGCCAGGCCAGUCUCCAUACCGAGCCUUGCUGGACUCUCUGCAGCUUGGUCCUGAUACCCUCACAAUCCAUCUAAUCAACGAAGUCACCAAGGUGUUGCUGGUGCUGGAGCUCCAGGGGCUUCAAAAGAACAUGACUCGGAUCCGGAUUGAUGAACUAGAGCCCCGACGGCCCCGAUACCGUGUGCCAGACGUGUUGGUGGCUGAGCCCCCCACCGCUCGGCUUUCUGUCUCUGGCCAGGAUGACAACAGCGUGGAGGUAACCGUGGCUGAGGGACCCUAUAAAAUCAUCUUGACCGCGCGGCCAUUCCGGCUGGACCUGCUGGAGGACCGCAGCCUUCUGCUCAGUGUCAAUGCCCGAGGACUCUUAAAUUUUGAGCACCAGAGGGCCCCCAGGGUCUCUUUCUCGGAUAAAGUUAGUCUCACGCUCGGUAGCAUUUGGGAUAAGAUCAAGAACCUUUUCUCUAGGCAAGGAUCAAAAGACCCAGCUGAGGGCGAUGGGGCCCAGCCCGAGGAAGCACCUGGGGAUGGAGACAAGCCAGAGGAGAUCCAGGGGAAGGCAGAGAAAGAUGAGCCAGGAGCCUGGGAAGAGACAUUCAAAACUCACUCUGACAGCAAGCCCUAUGGCCCCACGUCUGUGGGUUUGGAUUUCUCUCUGCCAGGCAUGGAACAUGUGUAUGGGAUCCCCGAGCAUGCAGACAGCCUGAGGCUAAAAGUCACUGAGGGUGGGGAUCCAUAUCGCCUCUACAAUUUGGACGUGUUCCAGUAUGAGCUGUACAACCCCAUGGCCCUGUACGGCUCCGUGCCUGUGCUCCUGGCACACAGCCCUCACAGGGACCUGGGCAUCUUCUGGCUCAACGCUGCAGAGACCUGGGUUGACAUAUCCUCCAACACUGCAGGGAAGACCCUGUUUGGGAAGAUGCUGGACUACCUACAGGGCUCUGGGGAGACCCCACAGACAGAUGUUCGCUGGAUGUCGGAGAGCGGCAUCAUCGAUGUCUUCCUGCUCCUUGGGCCCUCCGUCUUCGAUGUCUUCCGGCAGUACGCUAGUCUCACUGGGACCCAGGCAUUGCCCCCGCUCUUCUCCCUCGGCUACCACCAGAGCCGCUGGAACUAUCGAGAUGAGGCCGAUGUCCUGGAAGUUAAUCAGGGCUUUGAUGAUCACAACCUGCCCUGUGAUUUCAUCUGGCUGGACAUCGAGCAUGCUGAUGGCAAGCGGUACUUCACCUGGGACCCCAGCCGCUUCCCCCAGCCCCGCACCAUGCUUGAGCACUUGGCCUCUAAGAGGCGCAAGCUGGUAGCCAUUGUGGACCCUCAUAUCAAGGUGGACUCCAGCUACCGCGUACAUGAAGAGUUGCAGAACCUGGGUCUGUAUGUUAAAACCCGGGAUGGCUCUGACUAUGAGGGCUGGUGCUGGCCAGGUGCAGCUAGUUACCCUGAUUUUACCAAUCCCAAGAUGAGAGCCUGGUGGGCUGACAUGUUUCGCUUUGAGAAUUACGAGGGCUCAUCUUCCAACCUCUAUGUCUGGAAUGACAUGAACGAACCGUCCGUGUUCAAUGGCCCUGAGGUCACCAUGCUCAAGGAUGCCCAGCAUUAUGGGGGCUGGGAGCACCGAGACCUGCACAACAUCUAUGGCUUCUACGUGCACAUGGCAACUGCUGACGGGCUGGUGCUGCGCUCUGGGGGUGUAGAACGGCCCUUUGUCCUGAGCAGGGCUUUCUUCGCUGGCUCCCAGCGCUUUGGAGCCGUGUGGACUGGGGACAACACUGCUGAAUGGGACCAUUUGAAGAUCUCUAUCCCUAUGUGUCUCAGCUUGGGGCUGGUGGGACUUUCCUUCUGUGGAGCGGAUGUGGGUGGCUUCUUCAAAAAUCCAGAGCCAGAGCUGCUUGUGCGCUGGUACCAGAUGGGUGCUUACCAGCCAUUCUUCCGGGCACAUGCCCAUUUGGACACUGGUCGGCGAGAGCCGUGGCUGUUACCGACUCAGUACCAGGACAUGAUCCGAGAUGCCCUGGGCCAGAGAUACUCCUUACUGCCCUUCUGGUACACUCUCUUCUAUCAGGCCCAUCGCGAAGGGGUUCCUGUCAUGAGGGCCCUGUGGGUGCAUUAUCCUCAGGACGUGACGACCUUCAGUAUAGAUGACGAGUUCCUGCUUGGGGAUGCACUGCUGGUUCACCCUGUAACGGACUCUGAGGCACAUGGCGUGCAGGUCUAUCUGCCGGGCCAAGGGGAGGUGUGGUACGAUGUUCACAGCUACCAGAAGUAUCAUGGUCCGCAGACCCUGUACCUGCCUGUAACUCUAAGCAGCAUCCCUGUGUUCCAGCGCGGAGGGACCAUUGUGCCCCGAUGGAUGCGAGUGCGGCGUUCCUCAGACUGCAUGAAGGACGACCCCAUCACUCUCUUCGUUGCACUCAGUCCCCAGGUGAGCGCACAGGCAGGGAGCCUCUGCGACUGUCUGCCUACCUCCCUAGGAUUCAGUCCCUUGGGGCUGUGCCCCUCACUGCUCCUUGGGCUCAGGGUCUCAUCUACCCCAUUUCCUGCCCAGGGUACAGCCCAAGGAGAGCUCUUUCUCGACGAUGGGCACACAUUCAACUAUCAGACUGGCCAUGAGUUCCUGCUGCGUCGAUUCUCAUUCUCUGGCAACACCCUUGUCUCCAGCUCAGCAGACUCCAAAGGCCACUUUGAGACACCUGUCUGGAUUGAGCGGGUGGUGAUAAUAGGGGCUGGAAAGCCAGCAACUGUGGUACUCCAGACAAAAGGAUCUCCUGAAAGCCGCCUGUCCUUCCAGCAUGACCCUGAGACCUCUGUGUUGAUCCUGCGCAAGCCUGGCGUCAAUGUGGCAUCCGACUGGAGCAUUCACCUGCGAUAACCCAUGGGAUGUUGGGAUGGGGUGCGGUGGUGAUUGAGAGUUACACUUCCUUCUGCCUUGGAGUUUGACCUUCCCCAGACUUCACCUUUCUUAUGCCGACGUCUGGGCAGGGUGAGAGGGCUGUCCCUGGGCUUGAAUUCCUUUUGUGACCUGAUCUCUCCCACCCCACUGACACCAGAUCUCCCUUCAUCUCCCAGUACUCUGUUGCUCGAACUGGAGCACAAUCACCUGUGAAGACCUGGGGACCAUAGGGCCCUUGCUUUCCCUCCUCUUUUCUUUCUUUUGGGGGCCCUGAAUCUCCUCCAGACCCUCUCCAUUCAUGUCUCUUGUGUGUUGAUGCCAUUUCUUGGAAGAAGAUAAGGGCAGUGAGCUUUAGGGCUGCUUUUCUCCUUCCCCUUCCCUCCCCACCGAACUGCUCUCCCUCCUUUUAUUUCUUCCUCUGUCAGCCCUUCCCUUUUAAUGCCCCAUCGAUACACUGGGACCACCCCUUACCUGAUGAGGGAUGAAUGGAUCACAGGAGUGAGGUUGCUGGAAAACGUCCUCUUCCCUGGCUCCCAAGUUUUCCUCUCCCCGCUUCUUUCUAGAGCUGCUGCAGUUCUGACAGGGGCAGUUCUACCUCCCCUGUCCUUUGGGGGAAGGAAGUUUCCACUCCCUGAGAGGGGAUAAACAAAACUUCUCUUGCCUCCUAAAAUUUUGUCCCGUUGAGGGGCAUUCAAGAUGGAGAAAUCAGUUGUGGUUUCAUCGAAUCACGGUCAUCUGUAUUUAUUGCUGGGAGAAGGCUGAGGGUGGGGGAGAGAUGAUCAUGUGCGCCCAGGGGUGGCCCAAAGCCCUGGGUAGGGGGUGGGGUGGGCAAGGACUAACUGGGGGCGAGGGGGAAUAUUUGUGGGAAUUUUUUUUACUUCCUCUUGGCCUCCAGCCGUGACAGGUUUUGAUAAAAGGAGAAACAAUAAAGAGAUAAACCAUAAA